AUGUACCCUCAACAGGCGGCCAUGGCGCCUCAGAAGCCCGAAACCUUCAUGCUGAGCACCGAAGCGCAGCAGGCAUUGCCGCACGAUGCUCAGGUCGCUCUCCAGCAGGUCGACAACCUAAAAUACUUCCUCAUUUCCGCCCCCGUCGAUUGGCAAGCGGAUCAGUAUAUCCGCCGCUUCCUCCUGCCGACGGGCGAGUACGUUUCCUGCGUUCUCUGGAACAACCUCUUCCACAUUUCCGGCACCGACAUCGUGCGAUGUCUCUCCUUCCGAUUCCAGGCGUUCGGCCGACCCGUCAAGAACUCGAAAAAGUUUGAGGAGGGCAUCUUUUCCGAUCUGCGAAACCUCAAGUCGGGAACGGACGCCUCGCUGGAAGAGCCCAAGAGCGCCUUCCUCGACUUUCUCUACAAGAACAACUGCAUCCGGACGCAGAAGAAGCAAAAGGUCUUCUACUGGUACAGCGUGCCGCACGACCGCCUCUUCCUCGACGCCCUCGAGCGCGACCUGAAGCGGGAGAAGAUGGGACAGGAGGCCACCACCGUCGCCGUCAGCGAACCUGCCAUGUCGUUCCAGUACGACUCGUCGCAGUCGCUGUACGAGCAGCUCACCAAGACGCAGCAGGCCAACUCGUCCUCCUUCAACGCCCAGCGUCCCUCGUACCCCCAGAGCCAGUCCACGUCGCCCGUCAUGAGAUCCAUGGACUCGAUGCCCCCGCCGAGCAUCAUGCCCCAAUCGAUGCCUCUGUCCGACGGCAUGGACCCCAUGGCCUCGUACGACUCCAUGCCCAUGGCCGCCGCCGUCCCCCAGCAGGUGCAGCAGAUCAAGAGGGAUCAGGACUUUUCGCGCGUGCAGUACAACCAGAACGGCGUGCCCAUCAGCCAGGGGCAUCAGCGGCACACGUCAAUGCCGGCCUACGGCCUCGAGUAUUCGCCCGCCCCCUCCUUCGUCUCGUCGCAGUACGAAGACUACAGCAACCGGGGCAUCUCGUUCGAACCCAUCACCCCUCCGCAGCAAGCCCUGGCCAUGGCCGGCGAGCCGGCCUACAUCGCGAACGAGGAGACGGGCCUGUACUCGGCCAUCCCCGACCACAUGUCCGGCAUGAACGGCCUCAACGGCGUCGUCCAGCUCCCUCCCUCCAACAUGGGCGGCUCUCAGUUCGCCCGUCCGUUUGGCGCCGGCAACGCCUACGCCGUCAUCGAGGGUUCGCCCACGUACAAGCAGCGGCGGCGGCGCUCCUCCAUCCCGCCGUCCAUGUCGGCCAUGGCUGGCGCGCCAGGCUCGAACCUGUCGGCACCCCAUCGCCCUUCCGAUCUGCGGAGAUCGGUGCCCGCCUCGGUCGGGCCCGUGCCCGAGGGCAAUGAGCCGAUGGACGCGGCUCCCGGCUUGUCCUUCACCGCCCCCGGCGCUUCCGUCGCCACCAGCCAGCAGCAGCAGCACCACCAGGAGAUGGUCGACGUCUCCCGACACGGAACCCCCCUCGACGGCAGCCCUGCCCUCAACCCGAUGGCCCUGCAUCCCGACUACGCCCAGCUAUCGGCCGAAGACAUGUCCGGCGACGGCCACAUGAAGGGCCAUAACCGGAACAUGUCCGGCGCGAAUAGCGUCGUCCGUCGUGCUCGGUCCGCUACCCUCCUGGAGCUUGGUCCUUACCCCCACAAAUCUCACUCCUGCCCGAUCCCGACCUGCGGCCGGCUCUUCAAGCGUUUGGAGCACCUGAAGCGACAUGUGAGGACACACACGCAAGAAAAGCCCUACGUCUGCCCGCACUGCAGCAAAGCAUUCUCCCGAUCAGACAACCUUGCACAGCAUAAGCGCACCCACAGCCGCGAGGACGGCGGCGACGGCUCGCUCGUUCUGUCGGCCGACGAGGAGGAACUGUCUGGCGAGGACCACAUCGGCUCCGUCGAAGAUGCCUCACCCAACUCGGAAAUGGCCUACGUUACCGGGUCGCUCAACUCGACCCUUCACACGGCUGCCGACCCCAUGAACCCCCACGGCGGGAACGGCAUGAACCAAACCCAGACGUUCAACAGCAUGCAAACGCUCAGCAUGCCCAUGACAAUCAGUCAGCCGGCCACGGUCAACGGCAUGAUGUAA